AUGAAUUUAAUAAUUAAUGCAUUCUAUAGUAACAAAGAUGUUUUUCUUAGAGAAUUAAUUUCUAAUUCAUCAGAUGCUUUAGAUAAAAUGAAAUAUCAAGCUUUAACAAAUCAAAUAUCAAAUACAUCAGACUUAAAAAUAGAAAUUAUUCCUUUAAAUAAAGAAGAUAAACAACAAUUACUCAUAAGAGAUACAGGUUGUGGUAUGACAAAAGAAGAAUUAACUAAUAGAUUAGGUACUAUCGCUAAUUCAGGUACUAAAGAAUUUAUUGAAGCAUUUAAACAAUCAAUGACUGAUGACAUGUCACUUAUAGGUAGGUUUGGAGUAGGUUUUUAUUCAGCUUAUCUAGUUGCAGAUAAAGUAGAUGUAUAUACCAAAUCAUUCAAAGAGCAAAAAGUUUACUUAUGGACUAGUGAAGCAGGUUCAACUUUCACCAUAGAAGAAUCUUCUAAAGAAAUGGAUGUAGGUACAGAGAUAAUAUUAACUCUUAAAGAUAACUGUAAAGAAUACUUAGAUGAUAAAAAAUUAAAAGAAAUUAUAAAGAAACAUUCACAAUUCAUUUCAUAUCCAAUAUACUUAGAAGUAAAAAAGAUGAAGGAGAAGAAGUUAAAGAAGAUGAAGCUCAAGUAG